CACAGGAGGAGAGAGAAUCAGCAGGAGGCGCCUGGAGCUCUCUGGACCAGAGAGGGACCAUCAAGGCUCAGCUGGCAGGGCAUCCAGCGGUUGCCAUGGAGACAACAUCCACAGAUUAUGUAACCUCCAAGAAGUUUUCAUUGGACGACGAGGAAUCGUUUUACACAUCCCUGAAAUCGGAUGAACGUUAUGUGUCCCAUCCAGACUCCUACUUUACUGGGAUUUUGAAGAAGGGAGAUGGCGGUAAAAGUUUAGAUGCAGAGCAACUUGGAUCUGGCUCCCGUUCUCCUCAAGAUACACCCAUGUUUGAGGGUCGUGGCUUGCUCAGUUCAGAUUCGGGAAUUGAGAUGACACCUGCAGAAAGCAAGGAUGUGAUCAAAACCAUAUCAGGCCCUUCGGAGGGUGACAAAUUAGAAGCUUGCAAGUACAUCGAUAUCAGCAGGUCUCCAGAUAUAAAACCUCAGCGUUCUCCUGAAGAGGUCUACGACAGAAAGUCAAGCCCAAUAGGUUAUGACUAUGCUGCUAAGGCCAAAGAGGGUGAAAGUUUUUCAUAUUUACCAUAUAUGGAGGAACCAGAUGAUAACGUUGGCUUAUAUAGCCACACAGCAAUUGUAAAUACUAAGACCUCCCCUGUGAGAAUUACACUUACUGGGACAGAAUCAUCAAUAGAAUGUGACUUUUUUGAAAACAGUAUUCAGGGUGUAUCAGAACUAGGCCUAAAACCAGGUGGGGACUCCGUUCCAACAGUAACAGUAUCAGAACCAGAAGAUGACAGCCCUGAGUCCUUGACACCCCCUUCUUAUCAUGGAGAUGGAUAUACAAAACCAUCUGGCUCUGAGAAACCGAGUAAAUUCCACAUAUCUGAAGAUGAACUUAUCAGUGCCAUGAAAGCAAAAGAUGCAACAAAAGGCUUUUCUUAUGAAAUGACUGAAGAACAGAAAGCUCCUAGUCUUUACUCUGAAAAAAAGGAUCAUAAGAGCAUGCCAGGGCUACCAGCUGUCCCCACUUCAGCAGAUAAUGAGGCUUCGAGCGUGGAAUCUGGUGACUCUGAAAUAGAGCUUGUUUCUGAAGAUCAGCUGGCAGGAGAAGAGGGCAUGCAAUCUGCUUACAUGACGUUCAGUCACAUUGGUGGCCCACCACCAUCACCUGCCUCCCCAUCCAUACAAUACAGUAUACUGAGGGAGGAACGUGAAGCUGAACUGGACAGUGAGCUCAUUAUUGAGUCAUGUGAUGGAUCCUCUGCUUCUGAAGAAAGCCCAAAGAGAGACCAAGACUCCCCUUUGACAAGACCAAUGAUGGACAUUAUUGAAGAAGAAAAUGGUUCAAGAACGGAAAGUUUUGAUGCCUCAGACUUCGACUCUUGUAGCUCUACAGAGAGGAAGCUCAACAUGGAGAAUCUGGCAGAGUCAGCUGCUUAUAUAAAGGGCUCUUAUACUGCCGAAGGACGCACAGAUCUGCUUAUGAUAAAGAAAGAUGAAACCUUACACCAGGGAAAAGGUACUGAAGCAACAAUGUGCCCAAGUAGAGCUUCCGGGAGGCUGCUCACAGAGACCGGAUCCUCAGCGACAUUGCUAAGCAGAGAGAAAGCUAUUGACUUGUUAUACUGGCGGGAUGUGAAGCAGUCAGGAAUUGUAUUUGGAAGUGUCCUUCUGAUGCUCUUCUCCCUGACCCAGUUCAGUGUGGUCAGUGUCAUCGCCUACCUAGCACUUGCUGCCCUCUCAGCCACAAUCAGCUUCAGAAUCUAUAAAUCAGUUUUACAGGCUGUACAGAAAACCGAUGAAGGUCAUCCAUUUAAAAACUACUUGGAUGUGGAGAUCUCCCUUUCUCAAGAACAGAUUCAGAAAUACACAGACUGCCUACAGGUGUACUUAAACAGCAUAGUCCGAGAGCUCAGGAGACUCUUCCUGGUACAAGACCUGGUUGAUUCAUUAAAGUUUGCAGUACUAAUGUGGCUGCUGACAUACGUCGGAGCUCUGUUUAACGGACUUACACUCCUCAUCAUGGCUGUGGUGUCAAUGUUUUCUCUGCCAGCCAUUUAUGACAAGUACCAGGCACAGAUUGACCAGUAUUUGGGACUUGUGAGGACAAACAUGAAUAUGAUUGUGGCAAAGGUCCAGGCUAAAAUCCCAGGUGCCAAACAGAAGGAGUAAAUAAAAUUGUCAAGUCAAGUCAACUCUUGGUAAAUUGUGUGGAGUCCAACGUGGAAACAGCUGUGUUACUACACUUCUCUUAUCAACACACCGUGUUCCUUGAAACAUCCAAAAAAAAAAAAAACUUCAAGAAGCAGCUCUUCCAAAGCUACUUCUCUGCUCUUAGAAUACUUGCAAUCAGCCGUGUCAAGCACUCCAGUAUAGUGAAGAGAUACAAAA